UCCAUGUCAACAGAACCUGCUCAUGGUUUCCAACAUUUUUGCUUCUUAACUGAAUCCAAAUGUUACUUGACAAACAAGUCCAACUUCUUCUGGAGCUUGUAGAAACCUUCCAUCAUGUCUAAUAUUUGUUCACUCAAAUUUUCUAGCAGAGACAAGCUGACUAACUACGUCUUGUCACAAACAUAACAGCAGAAGCCGACGUUCUCUCUUGAUGGAAGCGUGAGGUUUCGUAAGGGUGUGGGCCGGUUGAACAAACAUGGAUCAGCCUGCAGCAUUAAGAAAGCACGGGCAGCCUCACAUGUUUAUCAUUUCCGACUGCAGCCACAUCAGACUUCAGCUUCAGCUUAUCUCGGGUCCUCUGCUGUUUGGUUUGGUGCGGCAACAGGCAUUGUUUAAUGACGGAACCUUCGCGUUUAAGCUCCAGGUUUAUAGUCCAGACAGAGUCACUUCAACCUUUCAAUGGAGAGGAAGGUGCUGGCCCUGAAAGCCACCAUGGAGAAGCAUCGGCUGAAGAAAGAGAAUCUGGCCGUGAAAGUGAAAGGCUUAACAGACUUUGUGCUCCAGAAACAGCAGGAGCCGGAAAAGGAAAGCAGCUUUGACAACCAGGAAAUGUUGCUCCCAGCAGAGAAACAGUUCAUGGAAGCAGCCAAGAACAAUGACGUGCAGACCAUGAGGGCUCUAGGAAGAGGCUUGAACGCCAAUGCAAAGAAUGUGCACAACAGAACUGCCCUUCACUACGCUGCCGCUGGAGGAAACAAAGAAGCAGUGGAGCUCCUGAUGCAGAGGCGGGUCAAGGUGGACCAGAAAGAUACGUAUGGCAUUGCCCCCAUUCAUCUGGCGGCCUGGUUUGGCAGUUUAGAGGUGGUGAAAUUAUUAGUGAAGGCUGGAGCGGAGCAGAAGAUCGAGAAUGAGGAAGGUCUGAACAUCAUGCACUGUGCCGCCAUCAACAACCACACGGAAAUCAUGGAUUACAUCGUGAACGACAUUCAAAUGAUGGAACUCGACAAGGAGGACAACACGGGACACAAAUGUUUUGCGAUGGCCGCCGAACAUGGCUGUGUUGAGAUGCUGGAGAUGCUGAUGGAGCCGGAUUACAACAUGGCCACCAUGAGUCCCAACGCGCGAGGAGACACGCCGCUGCACUUAGCCGCCAGGAACGGCCACCUGGAAGCCCUCCAGCUGCUGCUGGAGAGUUUUGAUAUCCGGAAUGAAGUCAACCAGGACGGCGAGACGGCUCUUUACCAGGCAGCAGGUAACGGUGAAGAAGAAUGUGUCCUGACCCUGCUAGAAGCCGGCUGUGACCCCGACAUCCAAACUACGGCCCUAUGCACUGCCCUCCAUCCAGUCUCAGAGAAAGGAGACAGUUCUCUGGUCCAGCUCCUCCUCGAGUACAACGCCAACACUGACUUCCAGAACCAGAACUUGGAGUCUCCUCUUCACCUGGCCGUCCGAAACAGUCACAUCCCCGUCAUUCACUCACUGCUGAAGGCUGGCUGCAACAUCAACGCAACAGACAAGAGGUCUCAGACAGCGAUGCAUCUGGCUGCUGAGCUGGCCCGGAUAGAUGUGGUGGAAAUGCUGCUCAAGGCCGGUCUGGACUUGACACUGAGGGACCGGCAGGACAAGACGGCGCUGGGUGUGGCGGCCCGAGCAGACGAGGUGAUCAUCGUUGACAUGAUCAUCAAAGCUGAACGGUACUGCACGUGGAUGAAGGCCAACCCCGAACUUAAUGAGAAAAUUCACAGCGAGUACCCGCUGACCUUUAAACUGGACCACCGCAACGAGACCAAACAGCUGCGAGCGAUGGCCUGGCGUUUGGCAUAUGAGCUCCUGAAACCAGGAGACUGGAAGCGGCUGGCAGAACACUGGGGCUUCACGCCGGACCAGAUCUUUGCCAUCGAACGUCAGUGGACAGGUUCGGAGAGUUACCAAGAGCAUGGGAACAGGAUGCUGCUCAUCUGGCUGUUUGGGGAGGAGCUGGCGCAGAGAAAUCCUGCGAAGGAACUGUUCAACAGCCUCAUUGUGACGGGCAACAGGAAAGCUGCAGAUAAGAUUCGAAUGGAAGCCGAGAGCCCUGGAAACAAGAACUGCAUCAUUUCCUGAGCUGGAAUUGAACAGAAUAACUCAGAGUUUAGUGUGCAUUUUGUAAGGUGAAGUCAUUUAUUAAAAACACGAUUGAAGUUCAUUCCCUCAAUUGUGUGCUGGAUGGACUCGUGUGGAUAAAAACAUAAAUACUUAAAACCUCUCCACCAUGUGGUACAUUGAUGUACA